CUUCCACAGCAGGCUGGCCUCCCAACAGUCCCCGCUUUGUGCUACAGCCCACAGCGCCUGCAGCAGCACUUCAACUUCUCUGUAUGACAGUUCUGACCUGAUCUUCACAACAUGAGACUGCUGUUGAGGGUCUGCUUUAUUGCAAUGCUUUUGGUGUUCUAUAUGCUGUUGUGUGCUGAAAUGAGGAAAGAAGAAGAACCUCUCAACUCUGGCAAGAGCACCAACAGCAUCAUCAAGGUGAGGAAAAAUUACACAGCUGCUAAUGACAGGAGACCUGAGAAUGUGACACUGAGAAAGAAGGUCAGAAACACGGGACGUAAGAGAGUUUCCAGGGGACCACAAAGUGACAGCGGCUGCAUCAGACUGGGAGGCAUCUGCCAGCCGAAUCGUUACGUCUGCCGAGGCCACUACCUGGAGGGCAAGUGCUCGGGGGCCAAGCUGCGACAGUGUUGCCUGCAAGCUGGAGCCUGGAGCGUCCUUUGCGCUGGUCACCACAACAACAGAGUGAGGGCCUGUGAUGCACACGCAUGUGGAGCUUUCAACUCCAAGAGAGGUAAUGGCCUCCACAAAGCAGUGGACCUGGUGUGUGAUGACUACAGUGUUAUCAAUGCUCCAUUCUCAGGCUCGUUGGCAGGUCCAGUGAGUCAGAAAGAUCCAGCUGGUAAUCAGUAUGAUGGGGUCAAACUUCUCAGUGAUGUACACUGUGUGGAGAUCUUCAACAUCCGUCCCUACCAUUUCUUAGGCCCUGUAGCUCAGGGAGAAGCUUUAGGCUAUCUGCUGCCUCUGCAAGAGCGCUUCGACGGUAUAACAUCACAUGUGGAGCUGCGCAUGUGCGAUGGUUCUGACCCUUCAUCUUUCAUCUGACUUCCAAUUUUAGGUAUUAUAAGACUUGUGAACCUUUUUAAAACCCAUUAUUAUUAUUAUUA